AAAUUUGCAUUGUUUUGGUUUGGAUUUGUGCAGUGGUGGAUGAUUCGGGUCGGGGACGGUUCGUUUUUAAGCCAAAAAAGUGUUUUAAAUAAGUGUUUUUGAUGCCGUUUGUGGUUUAGUGCCUGGUAAUUGUGCUGUCAAAAACAAAUCAGCUGAAUUUUUGGAGUUUAGCUUGAGAUUAGUGCCGAAAUUCGGAUAUAACAUCGGCUGCCCGUCUCCGACGAUAGUACGAAAGAAUUUUCUUAUGUAAGAUGACAAAUGAAUUCCGUAAACUCAAACAUCUAGUUUCGAGUUGCCUUCAUCCAACGGACCAGCCAGAAGAACCGCAUGAACAAAUGAAGGCUCUUACCCGUAGACACACGGCAAAGGUCUGUCGAUAAAAAAGGAAGAUCGCCGAAAUUUCACGGUAUCGCGUACCAUCGGCUGACCAACGGAAUUCAAAAGAUGAGGAGCCUUUAAAAUUAUCGACACUACCAUAAACUAACCAGAGUUCUUACUUUUUAGCAAAGAAAUUUAAUCGUAACAGUCAGAUCGCAAUGAAACACGACAUGACCGAUGAAUCUUUCGAGCAUGUACUGCGCUAGUUCUCACUCUGAACGGGAGCCGGUCACACGAUUAACUGUAACUGUAAUGUAUAUUACUCAAUAAAAUGGAAUUGAAUUUCUCGAAUGCAUUCCGGUAGCCAAUAUUCACAAAUUUAUUAAUUAACACUUUGUUACCGGCGGGUACCAUUGCAAUAUUUUUGCUAGAUUUUUUUUUUUUGUGGAAUUAGGGAACUGAAAUUGUUAAGCAGUCAACGGUGGAUUUAAAAUUGUAUGUCGACUGUAAAAUUUGCGUUAGGGAUGAAUAGCCUAGUAAUUGGAGCGCGUGAAGUUGGCUGAGAUGACCGCGGAAACAGAAAAACCGAAGGGAAGGUGCGAAAGCGUCGACAGUGGUUGAAGAUCAGUUGUGGUUUAGAGCUCGAGGUAUUAAGUGGCUUGUGUGAAAACGUAGGAAAAGUGGCAUCUCCAAAAUCGCCUUUUCGAUCUCCGGGAAUCACUAUCACCGGAUCGGAUAGCAAUCGUGGUCGUGUAGACCUCGACAAAUACCACCCAGUUGUAGGUCCACAGUGCUUCGAAGGGCCGAAUACCCAUCGGCUGGCAUCUUUGGUAGAUGCUGGAAGCCUAUAAGAUAGGAGCCACUACCGCACUCAAACAAAAUCAAAAAGCUGCUUUGCUCUGACCGCCACGCCACCCAACACCAACUGGUUCCACCCCGUCACACCGGACAGGCAGCCCCGAAAGAAGCUCCAUUCCGGGUUGGUCCACCAUCACCACCAGCGACCAAAAUCCACCCGCUACACCAGCCAGCAUGUCGCGGCAGCACGCAGGGCCGCUCCCACCGGCAGUUCGCAUCAUCAAGGGCCCAGAGCCGCACUCAUCUAGCCACACCAGUCGGCGGCCCGCAAGAACAACCCGUCGCAUCCUUUCUGCUGCAUCGAUCUCCAGCUCCUCGACGUCCAUUACCACAUCCGUGGCCCAAUACUAUCGUCCUCAAAAACUCGAAUGCAAGUUAAGACUCACAGCCUACUGCAGCGAUCGCUAAUUUAAAAGAAGGAGCGCCAUGAUUCAUCUAACCGGACAAAACCUAACCUCUAAAGAGGUCAUCCAGAACAUCUUCUCGCCUAUCGUCGGGGCCAUCAUAUCACCGCAAGCCGAAGAACUAUGCCAGAAGAACAAUCUGACCUUCGUGGAGAUGUUGCAGCCCUUUCUGAAGCUUUCAUCUGACGCGCACUUCCGGGACACGGCCGGCACAAGCGUCUCGAUCAAAGGUCUACGCAUAAACGUGUGCGAUGUCAACUGGCGCCCUCCGCAAACCAUUUUGGCCAAGAAGAUGCUCAACGAAUCGGUAACUUCGGCCGUCGGAGAGAAGCUGCGCGCCAUCAAGCUGGAUGACGGUAACUUCGUGGACAUUCCGACCGCGGAACCCUGGUUCGAGCAGUGGCGUGAGACGUUCCUGACCGUGCAGUUCCCCUCGGAUCACGAGUUCACUAGACACCUGCUCUGUUCGCUGAUCGUGGUGUCCAGUAUCGACGUGAAUCCGCUGGAGGUGGCCGGUCAGCUGACGAAGAAAAUCCAAAUGAUGCAGAACAUCACGCCACCGCGGCUGCCCAAGUGGUUCUCGGCCGAUUCGUUGAACUGUUACGUGAUGCUGCACGACGGGUGUUCCGGCGACAUUGGGAAUAUGUACAUACGUUUUAUCUUUUCCAGGGCCCAGCAGGCUUUCGAGGGCCUCAAAUCGACCUACGGGGAUCACAAAUGUUUCCUACUGCAGAUCAACUCCCACCAGGGCCCCCCAAUGGACUGCCCCGAUCCGUGGAUGCGCUACCUGAAGAAACACCAACGCACGGAACCAGCUCCGUCGGACAUAGACAGCGCGCCGAAAACUCCGCAGGACGCAGCUUCGGUGAUGUCCAUGCCAACCACCGUUCAAACCGUGUCGAUCACCCCAGGCGGAAGCAGCACUACGUCCGAUUCGGGAAUCAUAACGGGAGAAGUGAUCGCUCAUCCGCUCAGCCCUGUUCAGGAGACAGGAAUCGAGAUACAGGAGACAUCUAGUUUAACUUCUAGUAUUGAUAGUUUGUCGCAGCAAACCAUCAAUCCCAACGUGUGGACAGUGGAGAGCGAUACGGAUAUCGCUCACGGCACGUUUCUGACGGCUGGGGAUCUGGACAAUUUGAAGCAUUUUGUUCAGGAUUUCGCCGUACGGGCAUUGAUUCCUUACGUGGAAAAGCUGGUUGGUGUCCUGAAUGACUCCAUCUCGAACAAAAAAGGCGUUAGCCGAUCGUUACUCAGCGCAACCAAGAGGUGGUUCGUGACCAACAAGCCCGGAACGAAUACCAAUCAAAAUGCGGUCGUUUACACAAAUGAGUCGACCGAACUGCAGACGAGAAAGUUGGGCGAUCUCUACUUCAUGUUCGGUCACUAUUCGCUAGCAUUCCAAGCGUAUCAUCAGGCAAAGCGGGACUUCAACGCCGAUUCCGCCUGGCAGUACUACGCAGGGGCACUGGAAAUGGCAGCCCUAGCAGCGUACAUGCAAGGCACGGCCAAUCGGAAAACGUACGACUACAUGGAGGAAGCGAUCGUAACCUAUUUGAACAGCUGCAAAAUGCCACAGUUUGCCACCCGGGCCACACUGCUUUCGAUGGAGUGUCUGAAGGCGGCCAAACUCUACAACGAAGCCGCUAAACAGUUGAUUCGAAUGACCAGCGAAGACUCGGAUCUACGUUCAGCGCUUCUGUUGGAGCAAGCCGCCUAUUGCUUCCUGCUGGCCACGCCUCCACAGUAUCGAAAGUAUGCGUUCCAUUCGGUGCUGGCCGGGCAUCGGUUCUCGAAAGCUGGCCAACGAAAGCACUCGUUCCGAACGUACAAGCAGGCGUAUCAAGUGUUUGAAAACCGGGGCUGGAGCUUGGCAGAAGAUCACAUCCAGUACACCAUCGGAAAGCAGGCAAUCAACUUGAAAAAGCUGGACGAAGCAAGCAACUGUCUAUCCCAUCUGCUGCGACCUUCCAGCCUUCAAAGCGCAUCUCAACAAGCAUUCUUCCUGAAGGAUUUCUUAGCAACUCAGAAAGCUCUGCUUGCUAAGAACGAUGUCAACGACAUCCUGACCAUUUCUCUCCCGAAGAUCAUACAGCCCAUGACUCGAGUCUUGGUAACGUCCCCACCUCCGGUAGCGAAUCCCUUAUUCGUUCCCGCUACGAACCUCACCAUCACCUCCAGCAUGCUGGAAGAGAACAUUUGGAACAAAAUGGAAGAGAUGUUGGUGCAAAGUGCUUCCAAGAAAUCCAUCAUGAUCUUCAAACCAAGCAAAUCUCUGUUCACCCAAGAAUCGCAUGCCCUGGAGAACCCCCGAAGCGUCCAUGGGGAACCCAUAGAAAUAUCUUUCAACCUGGAAAACGCCAUCAAACCUCCCAUCACGUUCGAAUGCAUCAACGUGCUGUGGGAAUUCCGCAAGGAAACCCAGGAAAUCUACUCCAACAAGCCUCUGUUUAUGGGCGAGGUCACUCUCGAAGAGCGCAAAGCGAUCGAGAACGUUGUGGCCUCCACCUCCGUUGAUUCUGUCAGCUUCAGCGAGUACGAAACAAAGACCGUAUCGCUGAAGCUAACUCCCCGAAGUACCGGACAACUGCGGAUCCUCGGAGUGGUUGGAAAGAUAUCCUCCAACGCGGUCGGAACUACGGAACCAGCCAAUAUCUGGGGAAAGCAACUGUUCGAAGCGCUUCCCAUUCGUACCAACUCCAAAGACAACCGCCCGGUCCAAUUCGAUCGAAAGCUAGAGAUCGAAGUUCUCCCACCCGCCCCGGCGCUUCACGUCAGCUUCUCGCAAAGCCCGACCGAAGUCCUGGCCGGCGAAGUGAUCCCCAUCCAGAUCAACAUGACCAACGCCGGGGUUAACGUACUGAACGACAUCUACAUCUGCAUCGACAAUCCGCGGUUCGUGCUGGUCAACCCGGAAGAGUCGGAAGUCCCACUGUCCAUCCUGCGCGAUUUACGCAAUCUGGUCAACGAAAACCUCGGCAAGGAGAAGGAAGCUCGGAAGCAGUACGUUUGCAAGGCUUUUAAGGAGAGCGAAGGAAAUGUUAUCAAUCCGAUGGAGACGAAAACUAGCACCAUCUGGCUGCAAGCACCGUACGUCAAAGGGCCGAAGAAUGUCAAACUGCUGAUCUACUACGGCAUGCCGACUGAUUAUCCGAAGCUGAAACACCGCUUAGUCCGGCACACGUGGAACUUCAACGUGAACGAAUCGCUCCUGUUGGACGCCAAUUGUAACGUCAGCAAUCCCCUGACGAACGAGUUGGGCAUCGACGUUAAUGUGAAGAACUUGAACCAGGUUCACCACCCGCUGAUGACGGAAAUCGCAGUCAACGAAAUCGUACUGUACUGCUCGGCGUACCAGUUGAACCCGCGGAAGAUUGUUUACAUCAAAAAUCCCGGCUACCAGAAGCAUCUGGUUGAGGGCGUUGGCCUCAAAACGAACGAAACGCUCAGCUUGCGGUGCAAUCUGCAGAAGCGUCCGGACGAGGUCAAGUUCGGCACGGACGUCCGGGAGUACAUCAGCGAUAAGCUGUCGACCAUCUCGAUCCGUGCUCCCGGUGCGGAAAUGAUCGCCUGUCUGCCCAGUUUCCACUCGACGGGCAGCUUCCUGAUGAAGAACGAAACCAAGUACAUUCGGGUGUACGAGAGCACCAACAACGAGGAGUUCAACCAGAUCAUUUCCACCCUGGAUCGGCACAUGACCGUUUGCGUCAACUGGAGUGCGCUGAUCAACGACAACGGGUCAUCUCGGAAGGCAUACGGGCAGCAUUUCGUUCAGCUGAGGAAUUUGUAUGACGCUGUGUUCUGUCCUCCCUCGGAGCGGCACCAGCAGGUGAUAUUCACGCAUAACGAAGUCGUUUACAGCAUCUACGACAACCUGGACGAAGUUAUUCCCAAACCCGAUAAUGGGCUGGACGACGGUUGGGGUGAUAACAAUAAUUUUGUGGCGCAACGAUGUUUCCUGGAGGAAAAUUUACAGUCUGUUGAAUUGGUAGCGAAGGGUUAAGCAUGUUUCAUUGUUCUUUAAAAUAUUUAUUGUGAUCUAUAUUUAAGGUAUAUCCGUAUUAAUUAGAUAUAUACAGUAAAACUCGUGUAUUCUAGAAUGUCCGAUUGUUUCCUUUUCUAACCUCAGAGCUGGUAGCAGAUGUCUCUUUAGAGUCUUGGUCUCUGCCAUCUUCUCACAGUUUUGCAUAUCGUCCAUAUACAAAUCUAGUGAGCUUCAUGGAAAAUCUGGUAUAAGGUCUAGAUGAUUUACAUUCUAUGCAAUACUGACGUACACAUUUCCUCCAUUGACUUGAUCAUUGCUUACGCUUUUGGUACUGUUCAGGUGUUCAUCGAAGUGCUGCUUCCACCUUUCGAUCACCUUACGUUCGUCCCUAUUUGAAGCACAAUGCGUUAUGCAAUACAGUUGGGAAAGUUCUUCCGCUAAUAAUAGAGAACAUGCUAUUGGAUUUUCAAAAUGAAUUUAUUGUAUUUACAUCGGCGAUAAACUGCAACAGCACAGAUUACUGUUUCGAAAAUCGUUGCAAAAUUCAAGACGAAGAAAAACGAUGCUCAAUGUUCAUUUAAAAUACACUAAUAGGAUUGGUUGUUAAACGAUUCCUUUGUCUUUUCUCGGGUUCGACAAAUCUUUAUUCUUGUAUUA